GUAUUAGAAGAAAUUGAAUGUGUAAUUGUUUGCUAUAUUGAAUUUUAUCUGAAAAAUAGUCGAUUUCCAUCUUCAAAUGAAUGUUUCAAUUUGGCACUAGGAAAAUUCGACAUUUCCAAAGAUCGAUACAGAGAAAUUUUCAACCUUAUGUAAGUGAAUUUACGAAGAUUGACUUAAAAUUUAAGAAUUUAAGAAGACUUGUUCUUAUUUAAGAAGACUUGUUCUUUUCUUUUUUAGAAAUCGAUUAAUUGUAGCUGAUGAUAAAGAACAUGAAAAUCGUAACCUGGCUGUUGAUCCCCAUGCAGUCAGAAAACAACAACAUCAACGGUUAAGCGGUAGCGAGGAUGGUUCGUAUUCAGAACUUCCAGGAAUAGGAACGGAAAAGAAGAAACGUUUGAAGUUGUCACGGGAAGCAGAAAAACUUAAAGAUUCACUGUCAGCAGAAGCCAUUGGCAAACGAAAACGACAUUGA